AUGACAGACUCUACGGAAACGGAACGUUCAGGUCCCUACGGACGAGCUUGUCUCAAUUGUGCCAAGGCAAAAACUAAAUGUAACUUUGGUAGUGACCAAAGAAUUUGUGAGAGAUGUGGUAGGCUUAAAAAGGGAUGCGUUACUGCUCCGGUGAAACGGAGACAAAAACCACGCGUGACUGCAGAACGUCUUGAGCAAAGACUAGACGGGCUUGUAUCUUUACUGCGGACUAUCUCACCAAAUAAUCCAGCUGUCGAGAAUGCUCUCAACAGUUUCACAGUUCGAACUUCUGAUAAGCAUGCAUCAGACUUACAUUCUACUGCCGUGAAUACUUCGGCGAGAGAUGCCGAUGAAGUUGCACCUAUUGAUUCAGGUGCGGCUCAUCUUCCUCCCACACCGGCAUCGAGCGCAAGCCCAACAUAUCCAUACACUCUACCAGAGGGCGCGGAACCAACAAUAAAAGAAGCAGAAAUAUACUUUCAUUCGUUUUGCACUAGAAACCUUCCCCAUUUCCCAUUCAUACAGUUUCAAGAUGGCAUGACUGCUUGCCAGUUGCGACAAGAGCGCCCCUUCUUUUGGUUAUGUAUCAUGACAAUGUCAUCAACGGUCAUUCAACGACAAAUUACACUUGGCAAAGUAAUACGAGAAAUCGCAGCUCGGGAACUUGUUGUGGAGGGAAAGAGGAAUUUAGAUCUGUUACUGGGUUUGGUUUGUUUUGUUGGAUGGGGCCAGUACCAAAUACGAACCGCGCCAUUCAUGACUCUAUUUUCCAAUCUUAUCGUUACACUUGUGAUUGAUUUACAACUUCAUCAACCUACUAGUGACGAGUCUCAUAUUCUGGGGCUGGAACAUGAAUUUCGUCAUCAUGAAAUGAUGGAGAUACCAAUGACUCGAAAUAUGGAGCAUCGUCGUCUAGUUAUAGCCUGCUACUACCUAACCUCAACUCUUUCAACCUUCCACAAGAAAUUAGAAGGCGUAGUCUGGUGUCCUUAUCUUGACAAAUGUUUAUCAAAACUAGAGGAAAGAAAAGACCCAUCUGAUGAGCUUCUAAUCAACCAGGUACGACUUCAACACGUUGUGCGUAAGACGGCAGAAUCAUAUAUAAAUCUCAUCCGCGAUGGAACGCCAGACCAACCUGGGAGUUCUACUCUUAUCAUGCUCUAUAUUCAGACUCUCAAAUCCCAACUAGCGGAGGUCAAAAAAAAGAUACCCUCGCACUUGAACGAAAACAGAGCUUUGAACCUUCAAAUGUACGGCGCGGAAGUCAUGAUUCACGAAUUUGCUAUCUAUCUCCCUAACUCCACUGAAGCUUCAUCUAUCGAUUCCUCACUUUCUCGAAUAGAAUCACUUCAUUGCUGUCUCAACUCCAUAAAAGCUUGGUUUGACAUCCUCCUCAACUCACCAGCCUCACAUUUUAUAGGUUUACCACUUCCAGUAUGGAAACAAUUUGGAGGAGUUUUCUUUCCUUUAUAUCGUUUGACGGUGCUCAAAGAUCCAGCAUGGGAUACCGAUAUGGUCAGGAGGGUUUGUGCGCCUGGAAGAAUCUUGGAUGUGCUAGGACAAAGUCUGAAAGAAUCAGAAGCCGAGGCCGCCUGGGAAAGAACCAGUAGUGAUUCCGAAAAUAUAUUCACGUGUUCAGAAAAGGUUAUGAAGAUGUUUAAAGCAUGGGUGGAUCGUAAGCCGGGAUUCAAUGCGCCCAUUACCAUUGCUUCCAACUCUAUCGAUGACUUUCAAGAAAAGCAACAACAGCCAAUGUCAGAGACAGACCAAAUGGCUUCUAUGUCAGCUUUUAUGCCAAUGGAAAUGGAAGACACUUGGUCGCAGGAUUACAUGGGACUCUGGGAUAUGUAUCCCAACUCUUUUUGA